AUGAAUCAAGAUCUCAGAACCGAACCUUGGAAUGUCAGGGAGGAUAGUUUCCCUACAAAACCUAUCCCGAAAAAUACUGGGGACAUAGAAGUGGCGAAAAUCAGUUCAGCAUGGUUGGAUGCGUGUCGACACCAUCACGUAACUUGUGAAGCCAUCGAUGAGGCACGCCAAUCAGACUACUAUCCAAACAGGCUCCUUGAUAUUGGCAACCUUGAGUCUCAUAUCCUUCGUCUGAUUCACACCAAAGAGGAAUUACCGGCUAAAGGCAAUCGAUAUGCCACAUUGAGUCAUUGCUGGGGCGACGAUGUCUCGUUCAUUAGACUGACCGAUGAAAAUAUGGCUUCACUGAACAACGAAAUAAGGCCACAGUGUCCCCCCAAGAGCUUUACGGACGCGGUGAUUACUUGUCGGCGCCUCCGUAUUAGAUAUCUUUGGAUUGACAGCUUAUGUAUCCAACAGUCUGGACUGGGGUCGGAAGUGGACUGGCAAAUUCAUGUCGCGAUGAUGCAUACUAUCUACGCCAAUGGCGUGCUGAAUUUGGCUAUAGCUCAUGCUUCAAGCCCAGACCAAGGCGCCUUUGUUGAUAGAGACUCAUCAUUUAUCAAGACAGCGUUUGUCUAUGCCCCUGGACAAUGUUGCCUCGUGACAAUAUCUGUUGGGCGGUAUGAUUCUUCAACCAGCCUUUUCAGACAACCACUUUUUAAACGCGGCUGGGUGUUCCAAGAGCGUCUGAUGACACCUCGAAUGCUCAUAUUUGGGGAUGAUCGAGUUUAUUGGGAGUGCCAUGAACGAACUCUCAACGAAUACCUACCCACAGGCUUGCCAGAUUCAGCGAAAAUCUUCGAUGACGAGCUAUCUACCCUCCACGUCCAUUGGUACACUCUAAUGGGUUACUACUCAAGGACCGAGUUGACUUACCCGGAGAAAGACAAAUUGGCUGCAGUAGCAGCUAUUGCAAGGCGAUUUGGUUGCGUGAUUCCUGGCAGGUACUGCGCUGGUUUGUUUGAAUCUGAUAUUCCUAUUGGGUUAUUAUGGUAUCAAAUAAUUGCCGAUCAGGACCGAAGCCCUAGAUAUCGUGCACCCACGUGGAGUUGGGCUAGCGUGGAUGGCAGUACGAUCUUCAACUCAGCUAGAUACGCACACAAGCGCGGGCGUAUCCAUUAUCGCACUCUGGCCAAUGUUGAAAGCAUAGCAAUCGAACUUAAAGAACCUCGGAACCCCUUUGGUCAGGUGCUCUCCGCCGAGCUUGUGAUCCGCGGUACAAUUAUACAACUGCCUGCGGUUGAGCUAGAUUGCCUUAUCAACAGCGAUUGCUCGGGCGAUUCUCAGGGGAAUGGCUCGUACCAAAAUCUGUUGGGGCUUUGUAUCAUGGACGCGGAGCAGCAAGGCGAUGUGCAUCUCUAUUCUAUAGACGGUAUAAUCCUAUCGCACGUUGGCUUGGACACGUACAAGCGUAUAGGGAAGUUCAAAGGGGACGGAUAUCCAAAUAGCGGCCCCUUUCCGAUUGAAGAUCAUGAAAGGAGAACGAUAACAAUAGUUUAGGGGAUAAGGUGUGUUCAGGGAAAGCAAAAAUUGUCUGGGAAUUGCAAGAGUUGUUACUUAAGAUCUUAUCGUUAUGGGUGUAAGUGAAC